UUCUCACCAAACACACUACCUUCACCCGCCGAAUUUCUAUCUCCGAUCCGAUCUGAUCAGUCCAACAAUGGCGUCUCCUCCAACUCUCCCAAUCUCAAGCCCACAAGCAAACACCAUCUCCUCAGGUGGUGCACAAUCUCAGCCUCCAAUCGCAACUCCAGCCUUCCGUGCUUUCAUCAACCGCCUCUCUGAAACAGUUCGUCAAGGAAUAUCGCAACGCCGCCCAUGGUCGGAGCUCCUAGAUCGCUCCUCUCUCUCACGUCCUGACUCUCUUACCGAGGCCGCAUCCCGCGUUCGCAAGAAUUUCUCCUACUUUAAGGUUAACUAUUUGACCCUCUUGGCCGCGGUUCUCGCUCUCUCUUUGCUCUCUAAUCCCGUGUCUCUUAUUGUCCUCCUUUGCCUUCUCGCUUCCUGGGUAUUCCUCUACCUCUUCCGUCCCGCUGAUUCUCCUCUCGUCAUUUUGGGCCGUACCUUUACCGAUAGGGAGACCCUUGGCUUGCUUGUUGUGCUUACGGUCGUUGUCGUCUUCCUCACAAGUGUUGGAUCGGUUCUUAUCUCUGCUCUCAUGGUUGGAUUCGCGAUUGUUUGUGCUCACGGUGCAUUUAGGGUUCCGGAUGAUCUCUUUCUCGAUGAGCAAGAACCCGCCAAUGUCGGAUUACUCUCGUUCCUUGGUGGCGCCGCUUCUUCAGCCGCACCUGUUGUCGCCGCACGUGUCUAAGGAUCUGAUUUGAUGACGAUGAGGUUGGUCUAGCCGGCCUCCCUGAUUGUUCUUUAUCAUAUUUUUUUCUUUCAAAUCUCUUUCUUUUAUGGAAAAUUUGUCCCGGAUUUUUAUGUUAGGAUUUUUUGUAAUAAUCUCCGUAUUCCCUCUAUUGUAGAUUGGAUCUGGAACCAACAAUUGUAGAUCUGUUCUCAUUUCUUUUGUUUCUGAUAGAAAUUCAUGUAAUUCCUGAUGUUGGAUCUUAAACCUUAGCUUCUUGUGUUUUUUUU